UGCGGUUAGACUGACCAGGGAACAGGCCUGAGCGUAAGCUUGUUUUAGGCUCCAGUGUGCGGAGAGUGGAGACCGCUGGUUGAAAGUCCCCACUUCGCCCCAAAGGGCGCGGUAAGGGAGAGCACAAACUCAGGUGCAGGAAGUCUCCCCCCACUGUAUCAGGCACUACGUUCUGUAGGUGUCUGGAGACCACUAAAGUGAAAUUUAAAUGUUUACCCCAUUGCACGAAAGAUGGUUUAUCAUUUAAUGAGCCACUUGCAUUUUCUUUGCUUAAGAAGGGCAUGCCGACAGGCAAAACUGGCAAGUUUGCGGGAAAAAUACUCCCAAGUAUUUUAAGCAUCAUGGUUAAUAAGUAACAAAAAUUAUCAGGACUUCUGAUAGAGGACGAAGAGGUUAAGAAUUGUGAACUUUUAAGAGGGUGACCCAGCCCAGCACGUUACGUGCAGGUAGUGGCUACUUAUUGGUUAGCUGCCCAGGGCGCGGGGUAAUGCGUUUACGAGCUUGUCCACCAGCUCCAGCUGGACAUUAACACGGUGACUAGUUGCGGGGCCCGAACCAAUGCACGAAGUUAUCCAAAGGAACAGAGAAGUUGCUUUCAGUUACUAACUUAAAGCUAGCGUGUUGUCAUUUCCUUUCAUCUGCUUGCUGUGAAAUACACAGUGCAGGUGCUUCAAAAGGCUAUUUGUACUAGCUAUGGGUAGUCUAGUCUAGACCCGUCUGAUUGGGUCAAAGCACACUAACUAAACAGCCAAUGAAAAGGUAGACCUGCUACUAUCAUUUACAUUCCUGUUUGUGACGCCACAAUAAAAUUAAUCCAAUCAUGAGCGAAAUCUUACUAACCUAAUUUGAAUACCGCAUCUAUAAGUAAAUGUGGCCUCAGCGGGGGCGACUCUUUUCCCAGGUGUUAGCGUUAGUGUUCGAAUUUUUAACGCUACAAUGCCUGAACCCACCAAGUCCGCUCCGGCCCCGAAGAAGGGCUCCAAGAAGGCGGUGACCAAGGCGCAGAAGAAGGAUGGCAAGAAGCGCAAGCGCAGUCGCAAGGAGAGUUACUCCGUGUACGUGUACAAGGUGCUGAAGCAGGUCCACCCGGACACCGGCAUCUCGUCCAAGGCUAUGGGCAUCAUGAACUCGUUCGUCAACGACAUCUUCGAGCGCAUUGCGGGCGAGGCGUCGCGCCUGGCGCAUUAUAAUAAGCGCUCGACCAUCACUUCCAGAGAGAUCCAGACGGCCGUGCGCCUGCUGCUGCCCGGGGAGCUGGCCAAGCACGCCGUGUCUGAGGGCACCAAGGCUGUCACCAAGUACACCAGCUCCAAGUAAACUUGCCAAGCGAGAGACAUGAGUGCAGAGAAGAAAUGAAUGCAAACAGUAACUGAAAAUGAGAAUCUGGCCGUAGAAGUUAUGAAGUAUGAUGUCUGACCUGCCUGAGAUGAUAGAUUAGUGUGUAUGUCCCACCAAAAUCCUACCCAUCCUGAUUUGCUGCACACUGACUUAUCAAAAGGAGAUCACUACCCGAGUGGAAGAACCUAAACAAGGUGUUUUAGCUUUUUCAUUUUAUUUUUAUUUACAUAAUAAAAACAGAAUUUACUUCUGUUACAGGCGUAAUUACUGGGAACUCAUUAUUUACCGUGGACUACCUUUGCUGGGGGAAGUCUGAAAGGAUAGCAAAACAUUUGUAAAUGAGACGCUAUAUUUAAUAAACUCUAUGGAUAAUUGAAA